AUGCUUCGCUCUCUGCGCCUGUUUCUCUGCUUUUCCUCCAAAUCAUGUGAACCCACUGAUUCCACGACGCAGGGCUCAGAAAACGUGGAAGAUUCCGUUCGCGUGAGACCUGAGGAUAGAACGGUUGUGCAAGCACGAGUUGCGAGUCCCGGCGAAGGGGAACUGGGCCGUGUACAGUCCAGGGUGCCUUCGACUUCUCUCGCGAGCUGCGAUAGCAGCACACAAACCGAAUCGACAAAUGCUUCAGAUGGCGAAACCAGAGCAACGACAGCAUCCUGCAUCCGUGGAAGCACUUCCACGACCGGGUCACCGGCCAAGCUUCUCUCCCCAUCGCCAUUGAACAUAGUCACACCGUACAUCCCUAUCCUGCAAGUAGAUGGCAGUCUGCGGGCCCCGCCGGUCACAUUUGAUGGCUACGGCUCCUAUGGGGGCCGGUUCGCUCCUGAAUCUAUCAUGGGAUUCCUAUACGAGCUGACAUCAUUCUUCGAGGCCACCGUCUCAGACCCUUCGUUCUGGGAAGAGUAUGCCACAUUCCAGCGUGCCCAUGUCACACCACUACAGAGAGCUCAGAAUUUAACCAGCCUGGCCGGAGGGGCUACCAUCUGGCUAAAGCGCGAGGACAAAAAUGAAUACGGCAGCCAUAAGAUCCGCAACAUCCUCGGCCAGCUCCUGCUCGCUCGCCGGAUGGGCCGCUCUGAGAUCGUCACAGAGUGCGCCUCGGCUAAACAUGGCAAAUUCACCGCUGCCAUGUGCGCACGCCUGGGAUUGCGUUGUGUGGUCGUCAUUGGUGCAGAUGAUGCUAGUGCCCAGGAGCAGGAUAUGCGAGAGAUAAAGGGGCUCGGCGCUAAGAUUCUGCCGGCUCGCACCCCCUCCGGCAUGGGUAGUCUACGCGCUGCUAUCACAGAAGCACUGCGAUAUGCGGUCUGCAAUCACGAAUCUGCCUACUACCUCAUGGGUAGCCCGGUGGGGCCCAGUCCACUGCCGACCCUGGCUCGCACGUUCCAAGCCCUUCUAGGCGAGGAGGUUGCAGCUCAAAUGCGCGAGGCAGUAGGUGGCCAGCCGGAUGCCCUUGUCACCGCCAUUGGCAGUGGUAGCGGUGCAAUCGGUCUCUUUCGACCGUUCCUUCAUGACUCAUCGAUUCGUCUAGUUGGCGUUGAAGCCGCCAAGGCAGCUGCCCUAACAGAUGGUGAGCUUGGCGUCCUGCAGGGUGCCCGCACUCUGCUCCUCCAAAACCAAGAUGGCCAGAUCCUUGACUCGCAUUCCAUUUCACCGGACAUGAACUUGUCUACCGUGAGCCCUGAGAUCGCUCAUUGGAAAGACUCUGGCCGGAUUGAAAUUUCCACGGCUACCGACGCGGUUGCCCUGGACGGAUUUAGAACGCUUCAGCACCGCGAGGGGUUCUUGCCUGGUCUUGACUCGAGUCACGCGGUAACCAAGGCACUCGAUCUUGCUAGAGAACUUGGUCCGGGUAAGAAUGUGGUUUUUUUGGUGACUGGAUUUGAUCAUAUUGGCGUACCUGGGUUGGACGUCUGA